ACACCUAAUUCAAUUACAGUGGUCUUGUCUUGUCUAAUUUUAAUAUGAGUAGGUAAAGCUUCAAGUCAGAGCACCUAAGCUAAAAGAAUUUUGUGGCUCAACCAGGACUUAUAUUAAAGCAAGUUUCUUCACUCGUCCUUAUAUAUAAUUUAUGUUUUUGGUACAUUUGGUCAACGAAAAUGGAGAAGCAAAGAAAAGGGUGGAGCAGGAAGGUGAUGGUGGGCAUAGAUGAGUCUGAAUUCAGCUACGAAGCACUGAUUUGGGUGCUUGACAAUCUCAAAGAAUCGUUCAAAGACAACCCUCUUGUGAUAUUUGCAACUCAGUCCCUCACCAACUAUAGCUGUCCUGCAGGAGUGUCAUCCUCACUCGGCUUGGCUCACUUAUACUGCUAUCUUUCUCCCACUAUAGAUUUGAUCAACCAGAAUCAACAGCAAAACAUGAAGGUUUCAUUGGGACUUUUAGAGAAAUCCAAGAAGAUCUGUGCCAGACGUGGGGUGAAAGUGAAAACAUUUACAGAGGGUGGGGAUCCUAAAGAGGUCAUAUGUAAUGCAGUUGAAGAACACAACAUUGAUCUACUUGUUCUUGGUGACAAGUCUAGAGGAAUCUUUGAGAGGGCUCUGCUGGGAAGUUCAUUAAGUGACUAUUGCUUAAGCAAAGCCAAAUGUCCUGUUCUGGUGGUCAAGAAGGCAUAAUAAGAGUUGUCCUGUAUGAAAGUAUUUAUUUAUAUAUAUAUAGAGAGAAUAGAAUUCUCUUCACUUUAAGUCAGUGAGGAUUAAAGUGUUCACGAUCUGCUUGAACAAUUUUUGGCGUGAUUUUUUUUUAUGAUCGUGUAUAUUGUAGUUAUUUAGAGAUUUCUGUAAAUUUUUAGAAAAUUCCGAAUAGUUUACAGUACCGAAAACUAGGUUCAACCAUGUUGUUGCACACGUGACUAAUUUUUUUUUAUACGAGUGGAAAAUAAUAUGUUUGAACCUAGUUUUUGGUACUGUAAAUUAUUUCGAAUUUUCAAAAAAUUUGCAGGAUGCUCUAAAUAGCUACAAUAUAUACGGUCAUAAAAAAAAUUGCGCCGAAAAUUGUUCACGGGUCGAUAAACACUAAAAACCCUACCAAAAAGGCUUAAAGUGAAGCUCUUGUAGAAGAAUUAUCAUAUAUAUAUAUAUAAAUAAUAUGAAGAUAUAUUCCAAACCUAAAUGAGAUAGUAUGAGAUUCCAUUUCAAUAUUUUAUUAAACUCUUGAUGAUGAUCAUACCCAAGAAAAUGAUUAAUAUUAACUAGCUCAUCUAGUGGACUUAUCUUUGAGAAAAAAAGUAUAUAAUAUGGCUCUUAUAUUCUUCUCUCUUGACAAAA